AUGUUUUAUGUAAUCCACGAAAUUGAAUAUCUCCAUGACCGUAUUGUGAAUUCCUUCUUAUUUCAGUUGAAGUUGGAAUUACUGAUUGUACAAGAUAGUUAUACGAUGAUGACAUUUGCAUUCACCGAUGUGUUCACAGAAACCGGUCAGAAUCACUCUCAUUGCAUGUAUCAAAACCUCAAUGACUCACUUGUUCUCAGUGGACUCAUCCUAACAUUGAUCGGUGUAGUUUUUGGAUUAAUAAUAAUACUCGUUAGAAAACUACAUUCUACAUCUACACUGAACAUUUUCUUCAUGGUUAUAACCAUGAUAAUUUUGUUUGUUGGUGUUGUUUUACUAAUGUCACGUGAAAAAUGGCUUGACACUGCACAAGCUUGUUUUACAAGGUUCAGCCUGGAUUUGUUGUUGGUGCAUAAUGUUUAUUGUGAGUCUGUUCACAGCAUACUAUCUGAAUGUGCACGACAAACAAGAAGGCUGCUCUAUAUCAUACUUAUUUUUUGUAUGGAUUUAUGA